AAGCGUUGAUUAGCAGCAGCAAGUUAGCUUGAGGUAGCUAUCUCGUUGGAUGAUUCUUAAAUCAAAAGAAAAUAGCUAGCUUGCAAGCUUUGCAGUUUUGUAAAAUAUUGCUCGGUUUUUAAUUCGAUCUCUAAAGCAGUUUAAGUUUGGGGAACCACUGUACUGUGUUCAUUUUCAUGACAUGACUUGAGCCAUGCCUGGACUGAGCUCAUGAUGUAGCGCUUUAGCUAUAUAUAUAUUUUUUAAGCUUUCUGUGCUGACUGUAAAAUCUACCCUGCACUGUAGUGUUCCAGCACAAGCAGGAGAGCGGAAGAUCGGUUAGGAGCAUGCCUUUCCUCCAUGGCUUUCGCAGGAUUAUUUAUGAAUAUCAGCCACUAGUGGACGCUGUGCUGUGUGUUGUUGGCUUGGAGGAAGAAAGAAGCACUGAAGAGCGGAACUGUAAUCCAGAUGUAGAGGACAGUGUAUGUGGAUCUUUAGUGGAGCUGCUAGAAAAGGAGUCCCAGUCAGCCGUGUUUGAGGAAGGGGUCAGCUAUGCUCUGUUUAAGGUGGCUGAGCGAGGACUGGUCAAUGCAGCUAAAGUCCUGCUUCGGUAUGGAGCAGAUCUUAACUUUGAGGACCCUGUGUCCUAUUACAACCCAUUGCACAUUGCGGUACUGAGGAAUAAGCCGAACAUGGUUAGGAUGCUGGCUGAACAUGGAGCUGACAUUAACAAGAGAGAUAGGAUCCAUGAAAGUAGCCCUUUGGAUCUUGCUAGUGAAGAAGCUGAGAGAGUGCCAUGUAUGCGCACACUGCUGGAUAUGGGGGCUGAUGUGAAUGCAAAAGACAAACAUGGAAAAUCACCCUUGCUCCAUGCCCUUGCAAGCAGUGAUGGACUCACUGUGCAUAACAUAGAAAAUAUCCGUCUGCUACUCCAAAGAGGUGCAGAUAUCCAUGCUGCCACAAUUGAUGGAGAGACGGCUGUAUCUUCAUUGGUGUUACUGGUGAAGGAAGCUUUAUCAGCCUCCGUGGAGGAUGCGGCUGAGAUAGGCCGCUUCUGUCUAAGAGCCACGCGGUUGCUGCUGGCCCAAGGGGCCGACCCGAGCAGCUGCCUUGCCACCGAUGGGGAGGAGGAUGGGGAACACUCCUUGACCGCGACCAGCCUCGAGCACUUUGACCGGCUCUUUCCCCUGGCUGUGCUUCUGCUGCAGAGUGGGGCCUCCUUCUACUGUUCUCACCAUGGAGCCACCUGCUGGACUGGCUAUGGGAUUAUGUUCCGGAGGCUCCAGGCAGCCCUGCUGGACUGUUCUGAUACAAGGCAGGCAGCUGAGCUUCUGGAACAGGCGGAGGUCCUCCUGGACUUGGCCCGGGUGUCCUCUUCUAGUUUGGCUCUGCCCUUGGACCUGCGUAUGCCAGACCAAGCCCCCCACGCUCAGGCACUGCAGGACCUCCAUCGGCGGAUGGUGGAGCAGGAGACCAGCCCUCCUCCCUUGCGCGGCCUCUGCAGGGCCUCCAUCAGGGGCCACCUUCAGCCCUGGCCUCUGGAUGACAGGGUGAAGGCUCUGCCUUUACCUGAUAGACUGAAGGAGUACCUGCUUCCUGAACAUACCCUGAAUCCCAAACCAGGUUGGGACUGCUUCAUGCCCGAGCAUUCUCUACAAUUAAGACAUUAAUACACCAAUUUAUCAGUAUACUCAAAAUUUGCCAUUGAGGCCUUUUGUUUUUGUGCGUUGCCUUUGCUGAAUCAGACAAAAUCUGUGUAUAUGUUUACUUACUUCCUCAUUAGAUAUCACUUAUAAUCUUGACAUCUUUAUGAUGCACAAUAAGUUGUGUAACUUCCAUGCAUGAUUUGUGCUUUUGUAAGGGAGUUGAUUUGUAUUAUAUUUUUUCAACCAGGUAAGCCAGUUCUAAUUUACAAUGAUGACCUGGCCAAAGGCAUAAUGACUGCAAGAUUCAAUUAUAAAUACACACUACCAGUCAAAGGUUUGGACGCUUAAGAGAGACUUACCCAUUCACAAUUUUGACUGGUACUAUAAGUAUAGUCAGAAAAAUAAGCUAUUUACGUUUUGCCUGAAUCAGAAUAAUAAUAAUGCUUGUAACAGUUUGUUAUGGAACACAAAUGUCAUGAUUUCUUUGUAUUCAGCAUUUCUCAUUUAGUAUGUGCAUACAGCUUUAGUACUAGCCCCCAUUCAAACAGCAGUCCUGGCCUUGCAAGUACCAACUGAGCCACUUGGGACACAUUAAUAAUGUUUGGACAUUAUUUGCGCUUUGUCUUUAUGUAUUUUAAUAGUAAUGCGAACAUUUACAAUAACUAAUGUUUACACAUUUGGUAACUACCACAGCCUUCGCCCCCCUCAUUCAUAUUGGGAUAAAAACAUUCAGAUGAAAAAUUGUGGCUUGGAUCAAUUGUUCAUUUUAGAGGUGUGGUAAAAUGUUCUACAUUUUCUGGUGCUUAUAUCUCAAUGAAAAAGAUACUGAUUAAAGGAAUUAACAGCUCA